AUGCCUCUGUUCGUUUCUAAUGGUCGCGUCGAUUUUGUCACUUGCGUUGCAUUCCUGCCGAAAGACGAUCGUUAUUUCUUGUCGGGAUCGUUGGAUGGGAAUUUGGUACUUUGGCACAUCCUGAAAAGAGGGUUGCUGUUCGGAAUGAGACCCAGGUUAAAUUCAUCAACGCGCCUGGUAGCGUUUGCUAAAAAUGGGAAAUUCGCAGUUGUUGGAACUUAUAACGGCUUCUUCUACUCUACACGGCUGAUGUUCGAUGCCCGAUCGUCUCGAGGUCAAAACGCACGUGGUCAUAAAGUGACUGGAUUAUGGUACAUGGCGAUAAAUUAUUGG